UGAUGAAGUUCAUAAAUAUGUGUUUGAUAUGAAUGUAAAUCCGAAGUUUCACAAAUAUUUAAUUGGAACAAAUGGAGUCAAUGUUAAAGAGAUCAGACAUUUAACGAAUACAAGAAUAAUUUUCCCGCCUGAAACUGAUUCCACUAAUGAAAAUAUAACUAUUGUUGGUAAAAAAAGAGAAUGUUAAUAUAGCAAAAGCAAAAUUUGAAGUUAUGAUAACCGAUAUUGGUAAAGUCAUCGAAGAACAUGUAGAAAUCAAUGAAAAGAAUCAUGGCACUUUAGUUGUCAAACAAAAAGAAUGUAUACACGAAUUGAAAAAUGAAUGUGGCUAUGUUAAAAUUGAAUUUCCUAAUCUUGGUGCUGGAGAUAGAAUUGUGAUCAGUGAUAGUAAAGCAAAUGUUGCUCUUUCUAAACAAAGACUUUCAGACCAUGCUAAAGUUUUGAAAAACAUAAUUGAAGUGACUAUGAACGUUCCUCCAAAAUAUCAUGACCAUUUUGUUGCCCACCACUCUGAAGUAAUAAACCAGAUAAGUGGGAAACAUAAUGGAGUUACUAUUAAAUUUCCACAAGCUAGUUCCAAUUCAAGUCAAGUUUUGAUUAAAGGCCACAAGGAUUAUGUUGAAAAAGUUAAAAAUGAAAUCAAUAAUAUUAUUAUUGACUUGCGGCGUAGCAGUGGUGCAGUAGAUGCGAUGCACCGAGGCCUUCGUGAUUUGGGGCCCUCAAUUCAAAAGAAAACUAAUAUGAAAAAAAAUAGAAGCUUACAUUAACUACAACCAAUUGUUUGUUUUGAUUUUUGUCAGAAAUAAAUUAUAAAAACAUUUUUUUUUUUUUCAAAAUCUUAUCAAUGUCUUUUAUUGUUAG